AUGGAUAAUAAAAUAUACCUAUUUAUCAUCUUCGCGGCUGUCUUCUUCCUCGUUAGACGACUGAUUCGUUACAUUUCCGUUGCGCGCUUCAAAAGAAGACAUGGCUGCAAACCCGCAAAGCAGCUUCCGCAGCGCGAAAAAAUUAUUGGCUUCGCUUACUUUCGUAUUCAAGCCGAAGCCGUCAAGAAGAAAAGGCUUAUGGCAUUGCAACAGGAGCGAUAUGAUACCUAUGGGAACACCUGGUCCCUCGUGCUGAUGGGCGCUCGCUUCUACACUACGAUCGAGGUUGAGAACGUCAAAGCCGUACUUGCCACUAAUUUUAAGGACUUUGGUCUGGGAAUGAGACAAGUUGCUUUUGAUCCACUCCUUGGACAGGGUAUUUUCACAACAGACGGCGAGCAAUGGGAACAUUCAAGGGCACUUGUCCGCCCCAACUUUAUCCGAUCUCAAGUCGCUGAUCUUGAUUUGUAUGAGACACACAUCCAAAUACUUUUCUCUAAGAUCCCGAGAGACGGCUCCAUGGUGGAUCUUCAGCCUCUCUUCUUCCAACUCACCUUGGACUCGGCCACUGAGUUUCUAUUCGGAGAAUCUGUGUCUUCAUUGACGAGCGUGGAGGGAUCGUCUCAACAUCGAUUUGGAAAGAUGUUUGACCUAGCCCAAAAUCGAUUGAACUUACGGGCUCGUCUAGGAAAGCUUGUAAUGGUUUACAGGGACAAGGAAUUUGACAGAGCAUGCCAAAUAGUCCAUGAAUUUGUGGAUGAGAUAAUUUACCGAGCUCUAGAAAGGUUCGAGCCUCGAGAUGCCGAGAAGCCCAUUGACGGGUCUGGAGAAAAGAAGAGAUAUGUCUUCCUGAACGAGCUAUUGAAAUCAACAAGGGAUCCUAAACGACUCCGUGACGAGCUUCUCAACAUCCUCAUGGCUGGGCGAGACACAACUGCUAGUUUACUUAGUCACACGUUUCAUCUUCUGGCUAGAAGACCGGAUAUCUGGCAGAAGCUCCAGGCUGAGAUAGCCGAGCUGAACGGAACGAAGCCGGACUAUGAUACUCUGAGGAAUCUUAAGUAUGUGAAAUAUGUCCUCAAUGAAUCUCUUCGUUACUAUCCUGUCGUGCCCUCCAAUGGGAGGAUUGCGGUCAAAGAUACAAUCUUGCCUCGUGGAGGAGGACCCAAUGGGGAAUCUCCCUUAUUCGUUCCAAAGGGCGCAAUCGUUGGAUUCACUCCAUGGGUAAUGCACAGGAGGAAAGACAUCUACGGCCCUGACGCUCAUGAAUUUCGCCCCGAAAGAUGGGCCCCCGAAGAAGGCCUUCGACCUGGUUGGGGAUACCUUCCUUUCGGCGGCGGGCCGAGAAUCUGCUUAGGGCAACAGUUUGCCCUCACGGAGGCCAGCUACACAAUCGUGAGAAUCCUACAAGAAUUUGCACGCAUUGAAAAUCGAGAUGGUGGCGACUGGGUAGAGAAACUUAAUGUAACCCUGUCUCCUGGAAACGGCGUUAAGGUCACCAUGAUACCGGGUAGGACUUGUAUCUAA